AUGGCAGAGACUACAUCAGACCUGCAAACAGAUGAGGAAACAAGCCAUGGAAAACGCAAAAGACGACCUACGUUUCGCUACCUGGAGUCAGAUACUGACAGUGAUAGCACUCCAUCAAAGCGCCAUAGAGAUUCAGUCAUUCCCCAGCCACCACAAGCUCCUUUGCCACCACCAACUCUUUUGCCACCACCAGCCCCACUGCCACGAAGGAAUCUAUUCCCAGAUUCUCCUAGCACUUCCCGGAAUCAGACGUUUCCAACACCACACUCAAAGAGAGUAUUUUGCUACUCUGCAGUUGACGAGAAGAUGCUCCAACUCCUGGAGGAGAUACGGGAUCAAAACAGGACCAGCCAGAGACUACUCACUCUCAUUCUGAGGAAGAUCUCCUCAAGCUCAAGUGAGAACAUGGAUGUGCUCCCAGAUGGGAUUAAGUUUCCCCUAGAGACUCCCCAGGAACUGACAGCCCUGGAGGAGAAACUGGAAGACCAAACAGUAAAGGAUAAAGUGUGUGGUCAUCUCAGUUCAAUUGGGGGAACAAAUAUCCCAGAUGCCGUCAGGCGUAUCAUGAAGUAUGUGCUGGGCCAUGCUCUUUCUACAAUGUAUAACUGGGUGGGAAAAGGAGGAAAGAAGGCAGCUUUCAGCUCAUUGUUUAUCAAGGAUGUCAUGAUCAGAGCAGUUCGAAAAAACAUGCCAGCUGCUACAAAUGCUGAACUAGAGCCAGUCAUGAAGGACUGGCUCAGAUAUGCCAAAGAUCGGCAAGGGGGGCGGAAUGAAAGAAGAAUUAAAUAG